UAAAAGCGUGGCCCUGCAGCAGCUCAUGGCCUUUCUGCAUAGCUCCUCUCUGUGAUGCUUAGCUUUAGCUGAACCAGCCCCUCUCUGUCAGGGCCCUCUGCUGUAUGGAUAUGGCUUGGUUUCUGUGUCUGUAUGUGGUUUUGGUUGUGGGCCUGGUUUUAUUAGCUCUGAAGCUGAAGUUGAGGAUGUCUGAACAUGGGCAUCAGGAGCCCCCACGCCUCCCAGCACUGCCCCUUAUCGGCAGUCUGCUUAGUCUGCGAAGCCCACACCCUCCUCAUGUGCUUUUCAAAAAGCUGCAGGAGAAAUACGGAGAGACGUACGCUCUAAUGAUGGGCUCCCAUAACGUCAUCAUCGUCAACCAGCACAAACACGCCAAAGAAGUCCUGCUGAAGAAGGGGAAGAUAUUCGCAGGGAGACCCAGAACUGUAACCACAGAUGUUCUGACCAGAGAUGGGAAAGACAUUGCAUUUGGAGACUACAGUGCUACCUGGAGAUUCCACAGGAAAAUAGUCCAUGGAGCUCUGUGCAUGUUUGGAGAAGGCUCUGCCUCCAUUGAGAAGAUCAUCUGUGCAGAGUCUCAGUCUCUGUGCUCCGUCCUGUCUGAGGCAGCAGCUGCUGGACUGGCCCUGGAUCUGUCCCCUGAGCUGACUCGGGCCGUCACUAACGUCAUUUGUUCGCUCUGUUUCAACUCCUCCUACCGCAGAGGAGACCCAGAGUUUGAGGCCAUGCUGCGUUACAGCCAGGGCAUCGUGGACACUGUGGCAAAGGACAGCCUGGUGGACAUCUUCCCCUGGUUACAGAUUUUUCCCAAUGCAGACUUGCGUCUUCUAAAGGAGUGUGUUUCAGUCAGAGACAAACUUCUACAGAAGCAGUAUGAUGAACACAAGGCAGACUACAGUGACCAUGUGCAGAGAGACCUGCUGGACGCUCUGCUGAGGGCCAAGCGCAGCGCCGAGAACAACAACACAGCAGAGAUCAGCGCAGAGUCUGUGGGCCUAAGCGACGAUCACCUCCUCAUGACUGUAGGAGACAUCUUUGGAGCUGGUGUGGAAACCACCACCACCGUGCUCAAAUGGGCCGUCACCUACCUCAUCCAUCACCCACAGGUACAGAGCUGUAUCCAGGAGGAGCUGGACAGUAAGGUGGGCGUGGACCGGUCCCCUCAGCUCAGCGACAGAGGCAGUCUGCCUUACCUUGAGGCCACCAUCAGGGAGGUGUUACGGAUCCGCCCUGUGGCCCCCCUGCUCAUCCCCCAUGUGGCCCUCAGUGACACCAGCAUUGGGGAUUUCACAGUGAGGAAAGGAAGUCGAGUCAUCAUCAACCUGUGGUCUCUGCACCACGAUGAGAAGGAAUGGAAAAACCCUGAGCUCUUUGACCCCGGCCGGUUCUUGGACAGUGAAGGCACAGGUCUUAUCAUCCCAUCAUCCAGCUACCUGCCGUUCGGCGCUGGAGUCAGGGUGUGUCUGGGUGAGGCUUUGGCCAAGAUGGAGCUUUUCCUCUUCCUGUCCUGGAUCCUACAGCGCUUCACCCUCUCUGUCCCACCAGGACACUCUCUGCCCAGUCUAGAGGGCAAGUUUGGUGUGGUCCUCCAGCCAGCCAAGUACAAGGUGAACGCUGUGCCCAGACCAGGCUGGGAGAGAAAGAGCCAGGAACCAUCUGAGACAUUUAGAGGAACAGCCCAUAAACAUCUGCAACAUGACAAGAGGUCACGACCCUGGUCUUUUAAAAAGGAUCACAAGCCAAAAUGUUUGCAGACAUUUUAUUAGCAAGCAAUAUUUGUAUUUUAUAUGUUUAUACGCUUUUAUGCAUAUAUGUGUGUGUGUGUUUAAUGUAAAACCUUAAUCUGAAAAUUAAGUAGAAGCCUGACUAUAUCUGUCAAACACAUAUAGUGCAAAAAAAAUUUCCCUCUGAAAUGUAGUGCAGUAGCAAUAGUAAAGUACACGCAUGUCAAACUUUACUCUAGUAAAUGUACUUACUUGUACUGUAAAAUGUAUGUACUGUCAAAAUGGAUCUGAGAAGAUGCUGCAUGGGUUUUCAACAUGUUCUUAGGACAGUAUCAGAUUGUCAUGUGAGUAUUGCUACUGUACAGUAAAAACACUAAACUCAACAUUAUACUUAAGUAGAGUACACGUCUUAGUUACAUUCCACCACUGUAGCUCACAUGGUACAUUUAUAAUAUACAAUAAUAUAAUGUUUCCACAGCACUGAAUCCAGUCAGGUGUAACUACCAGCAGAUGGAAUGAAUGUAUGAAGACGGCAGGUAAACAUGGAGGAAGUGUUGAGUUUAAUCAGAACACAGGAAGGCUUCAUGCUCACAUGUGAUGAGAACUGAAGGUGUUUCUCUGUUAUGCUGUUUAUGUAAGUUAUGCUGUUUAGUUUUUUUAGAUAGCUGAACUACUUUUUGUCUCAUUCACAUUAAAUAUAGAAAUGCAAGAUCAUUUGGUGCUUGUUG